AUGUCUUUCACUAUUCCUCGAGUUUUGGCUCCUGCUCGCACACGCCUCGCUGGAGCUGCCAUUGCUGCUCCUCGUGUUCUCUCUUCAUCCCUUCGCUUGUACUCCAGCUCCAGGAGUACCUUCAGUCCUCAGGAUAUUCACAAUGUAACGCAUAGCCCAGACCACAUCCAGUCGAAGAUGCCGGCUAAGGAACUUUUGCGCAACAAUCACCGAUUCGGCGAGUUUGAUCUGGAGGGCCGCGUAUAUGCCAUCACUGGUGGUGGACGAGGACUGGGGCUAUCAAUGGCGGAAGCACUGAUUGAGGCUGGAGCUAAAGUGUACUGCUUGGACCGCCUCGAAUCCCCACACUCAGAUUUCCUCAUUGCCCAAGAAAGGGCCGAGAAAGAUUACGGCAGCAGCCUGGAAUACAUCCGCAUCGAUGUCCGCAACAAUACCGAAGUCAACAACACAUUUGCUGCAAUUGCAGCACAGAACCAGCGGCUAGACGGUCUGGUCGCCGCAGCCGGUAUCAACCACCUUCAAAGUGCGUUGGAACAUUCGCAGCAAGCUCUGGAUGAUGUCAUGUCAAUCAAUUAUAAUGGAGUGUUCAACUCGGCCACCGCUGCUGCCCGCCAGAUGUUCAACUAUCAACAAAAGGGCUCAAUCCUACUGGUAGCCAGCAUGAGCGGCCUCAUUGCAAACAAGGGCAUGACCUCUCCCGUGUAUAACUCCUCCAAGGCGGCAGUUAUUCAGCUCGGCCGGUCUCUGGCUAUGGAAUGGGGCCGUCACGGUAUCCGGGUCAACAGCCUGUGCCCCGGCCACAUCAUCACCCCCAUGGUUGACGAGGUGUUCAAGCAAAACCCAGCGGCUCGGGCUACCUGGGAGGCAGAGAACAUGCUUGGUCGCUUGGCGCUGCCAGAGGAGUUCCGUGGCACGGCUCUCUUCUGUCUUUCCGAUGCGAGCAGCUUCAUGACCGGUAGUAGCCUACUUGUUGAUGGAGGCCAUACUGCUUGGUAA